AUGGCCAUAACGGUGGACGACGAGGAAGGCGUCGAGCUCGCAGAGCUAUCCCUGAACGACGACGGACAUAGCGAUGGAGGGGAGGAGAGACGUGGAGAAGGAGGAGGAGAGGGAGAAGAAGACCAGGCUCCUCUGCUGGCAGCCGACGAUGAUGUUCGAGCCAAGAGGAGAGCCAGACGGGCAAGGAAGCGCGAGACGCAGUCGGCCCUGCUCCGGCGACACCUGCGACUCCUGUGGAAAACCCUGUGCGGGUUGCUGUGCCUGGGCGCCGUCGUCUCCGCCGCCGUGACCCUGGUGGCCGCGAUCGAGCUGCGCCGACACCUGGGCAGGUCCUUCUUCGCGCUACCGCUGGCCGUGCACCUGCUGCUGGACGCCCUGCUCGCGCUGAUCCCGCUGCUGGUGGCCAGGGGGGACGGGGAAGGGGAGCCCCCCCCCCCGGGCCCUACCUCUCAGGUGGAGUUCCAGCGGCAGCUGCGGGCGGGCCGGACCAUCGCCCAGGCCCGGCGGCGGCCGGAGGAAGACGACGAGGCCUGCGGCGGCGGCGGCGCCUGCUGCUUCCGGCUCGGGCUGUCUCGGCGGACCUCGGCCGCUCUCGCGCUCGCGUACAGCCUGGUGGACGCCGCCUGGUGCGCCGCCUUCGCCGUGGCCGUGUUGGUGGCGGCGUGGGCCAUCGCGGUGGAGGCGGACGGCACGGUGGCACCCGAGUGGCGGGGCAUGCACGCCGCCCUGACCGCGGCGGUCGUCUUGAGCGGGGUCGCGUCGGGCGUCAGGGUGCUAGCGGCGAUCGCGAUCGGGGCCUACCUGAGGUCCCGAUCGCGCCUGGUGUACGUGCUCCGCAACACGGACGAGCCCCCCUGGCACUACACCAUGCCGCCGAAGAUGCAGCGGCUGGCCAUCCGGCAGGCGACGCUGCUGUUCGCCGGGUCCUGCCUGCUCGUGGCGAUCGGCGCGGGGAGCUACAUCCUCUGCUUGACAGUCGACACCGAAAGUGCCGAACACUACGACCACUGCGACCCGCUCGACACCACCCUCUGCGCCCUGCCCUUCCCAUCCUCCUUUUUCUUGGAGGAGGAUGUGUCAGAAUCGUCAUCAUCGGCGAUGGCGGCGAGAGGGACGGGGUACAGGGUGUCCUUCGGGCCCAAGAGCUUGCCGUACACCCGGGGACGGAUAAACGUGUCCCCUGAUUCGGUUAACGCCUACGACGGUUUCUCGACGCUCGCACCCAUCUUGUUUUACCUCGAGGGAAUGUCGGCGAGCGGCUUCGCCGGUCCCGGGGACAUCGGGGCCUCCCUGCACGCCAACUCCACCACCUGGCUCAUCGACGCCGACACGGGCGGGAUGGUCCCACACUUCGCCGAGUUGGACGCCCUGGACCCUGAGAAACCGCUGGCUAUGCUUCAGCCCGCGGCUCCUCUGCGCCACGGGACGCGGUACAUCGUGGCGGUGUGUGGGGCGCUGGGCGACUGGGGGGAGCUUCUCCCGCCAACCCCUGGUUUCCAAGAGCUCGUGGAGGCGUCGCAGGCGGACAGGACGACGAAGAUACACCCCGACCUCCGCCGCCGGGCAGACCGGUUCUCGAGGGAGAUAUUUCCGGCCCUGAGAAACACGGGGCUGGGCGGCUUGAGUGUCGGCGGCUCUGCGCGAGCCCUUUCAGGUGGGGUCGCGGAAGAGGGCGAUGGUGGCUCGGUGUUACCGCCGUCCGACUCUCCGCUUUCCUCUAGCGGCAGCGGCAGCGGCCGGGGCGGCGGCGGCGGCGGCGGCGGCGGCGGCAGGAGCGGUGAAGGGAGCGGAAACGGCGCUGCCCCCGGAGGAAGAAGAGCAAGACGAAGACUAGCAGGGACGGCGGCGGCGGUUGCGGGGGAAGGGUGGGGGGAAGGGGAAGGGCUGGUGGGCGCCGGGUUGGGGGACGUGCAGCUCGCGUGGGACUUCGUGACCGCCUCGGAGGGGGGCCAGCUCGGCGUGCUGCGGUCGAUGAGGGAGACCUCGAAGGCCUGGCUGGAGGCUGCUCUAACGUCGACGGGACCGACAUCGGCGAAGCUGCCGCCGCGGCAUCUUCGGGAGAGUGUUGACCUCAGCGGAGGCAUUCCGGCAGGGGUCGCCGGGCAUCGAGACAGAGACAGAGGAGGUUUUAGUGGAAGCGAGGGGAGCGGUAGUGGCAGAGAAGGAGGCCGGCGGCGGCGCGUGACGUCGGACGGGCAGCAGCCGGCGUCGGCGGCGCUGUACCGGGUGGUGUCGGUGGAGGAGUCCGCCGACUACAACAACGACGGCGACGACGACGGCGGGGGUUUUAACGCCGAGCACCCCGCGAUCGUGCGGACGGUCUGGGGAAGGCUGCGGGCCCCGGCGUUCACGUCCCCGUCCUCUCGCGGCGCCGGCCUAGAGACAACGCCUACCACAACGACGGCCAACAACAACGACGACGUCAGGUUCGUCGUCAGAGUCCCGCGCUGCGUGGCCCUCGGGCGGAAGCGGCCGGCCGCUCUCGUGCAGUACGGCCACGGGCUGUUCGGCGACCGCGCCGAGGUGGAAGACGGCUUCCUCGACUUGAUGGCGGAGAGGGGGGCCUGGGUCCUGGUCGCCGCCGACUGGAGGGGGAUGUCGCGCAUCGACCUUGCCGUGGUGGCAAGGGCGCUGGUGUCGGCGCCGGAGCUGCUGCUUGCGGGAACGCCGGAGGACCUUAUGCAGGGCUUCGUGAACCAAGAGGCCGCGCUCACCGUGGUGUCACGGCGCCUGGGAGACUUCCUCGGCGACCGCGCGACCCCGCUGUCGGAGGAGGAGGCGCGGGCCGUGCCCCUGGCGUUCUACGGGAUAUCGCAGGGGGCGAUCCUGGGUGCCGGCUACACGGAGUUCUCCUCCUUGGUACCCGACGACGACACCCCGCCGCCGUGGGGCUGGGUGCACAUGUGCGUCCGCCACGACCCGGACGCCGAGCAGCAGGUGCUCGAGUUCGUCGAGACCGGCUGCGUCGUGAACUUCUGCCGCGGCGCGUGCGAGCGGCCCUACUGCCGGCGAGCGUGA